AUGGAUGCUGCGGGAAGGCGCUGCCAUUUGCCGCUACCCGUCGCGCGCGGACCUCGCGGCGCUCCCCUGCCGCCCGCGCCUCGCCCCGGCUCCCCGCGCGGCCGCCUGCUCUCGCUCGCCAUGAACCCCAACUCCGCGGCGGCGGGGGAGGACCAGGGGGCAGCGGGUGGCGCCGGGAGCUGUUGCCUGGGCGCCGAGGGCGGCGCGGACCCGCGGGGCGCAGGGGCAGUGGCGGGGUCGGCCGCCCUGGAGGAGCCCGGGGCCGCCGGCCUGAGGGACAAGGACGAGGCGCUGGAGGAGAAGCUGAGGAACUUAACUUUCCGGAAGCAGGUCUCUUACAGGAAAGCAAUAUCCCGGGCAGGCCUCCAGCAUCUGGCUCCUGCACAUCCCCUCAGCCUUCCUGUGGCAAACGGUCCAGCGAAGGAGCCCAGAGCAACUCUGGACUGGAGUGAAAACGCGGUGAAUGGGGAGCACCUGUGGCUGGAGACCAACGUCUCAGGCGACCUCUGCUACCUGGGCGAGGAGAACUGCCAAGUCCGAUUUGCAAAAUCCGCUCUCAGGAGGAAGUGUGCAGUUUGUAAAAUCGUGGUCCACACUGCCUGCAUCGAGCAGCUAGAAAAGAUUAAUUUCAGAUGUAAGCCAACAUUUCGGGAAGGGGGCUCGAGAUCACCAAGAGAAAAUUUUGUGCGUCAUCACUGGGUGCACAGGCGCCGGCAGGAGGGAAAGUGUAAGCAGUGUGGUAAGGGCUUCCAGCAAAAAUUCUCCUUCCACAGUAAAGAGAUCGUGGCUAUCAGCUGUUCCUGGUGCAAGCAGGCGUUUCACAAUAAGGUGACCUGUUUCAUGCUGCAUCACAUUGAGGAACCCUGCUCCCUGGGGGCCCAUGCUGCUGUUAUUGUCCCACCCACGUGGAUCAUUAAGGUGAAGAAACCUCAGAGUUCCCUGAAGGCUUCUAACCGGAAGAAGAAGAGAACAAGUUUUAAAAGAAAGGCCAGUAAAAGAGGAACUGAACAGGAAAACAAAGGCCGUCCUUUUGUGAUAAAGCCCAUCUCUUCACCUCUCAUGAAACCUUUGCUUGUAUUUGUGAACCCCAAGAGUGGAGGCAACCAGGGAACCAAAGUCCUGCAGAUGUUCAUGUGGUAUCUGAAUCCACGGCAAGUCUUUGAUCUCUCUCAGGAAGGGCCAAAAGAUGCUCUCGAGUUGUAUCGGAAAGUGCCAAACCUGAGAAUUCUCGCCUGUGGUGGGGAUGGAACGGUGGGCUGGAUUCUUUCCAUCCUGGAUGAACUGCAGCUGAGUCCCCAGCCUCCUGUGGGAGUUCUUCCUCUGGGUACAGGGAAUGACUUGGCUCGAACUCUCAACUGGGGAGGGGGUUACACUGAUGAACCUGUUUCUAAGAUCCUAUGCCAAGUAGAAGAUGGUACAAUUGUACAGCUCGAUCGCUGGAACCUGCAUGUGGAAAGAAACCCAGACUUGCCUCCAGAAGAACUGGAAGAUGGUGUAUGUAAGCUCCCUCUGAAUGUUUUCAAUAAUUACUUUAGCCUUGGAUUCGAUGCUCAUGUCACACUGGAGUUCCAUGAAUCCAGAGAAGCAAAUCCAGAGAAAUUCAAUAGUCGUUUUCGAAAUAAAAUGUUCUAUGCUGGGGCAGCUUUUUCUGAUUUUCUACAGAGAAGUUCUAGAGAUCUAUCCAAACAUGUUAAAGUUGUUUGUGAUGGAACAGAUCUCACCCCAAAGAUUCAGGAACUGAAGUUCCAGUGUAUAGUAUUUUUAAAUAUACCCAGAUAUUGUGCUGGCACAAUGCCUUGGGGAAACCCCGGGGAUCAUCAUGACUUUGAACCUCAGCGUCACGAUGAUGGCUACAUUGAAGUCAUUGGAUUUACCAUGGCCUCUCUGGCUGCCCUGCAAGUUGGGGGCCAUGGAGAAAGGCUACACCAGUGUCGGGAGGUCAUGCUUCUGACUUACAAGUCAAUUCCCAUGCAAGUGGAUGGGGAACCUUGUAGGUUGGCGCCAGCUAUGAUUCGGAUCUCAUUAAGGAAUCAGGCCAACAUGGUACAGAAGAGCAAGAGGAGAACGUCUAUGCCUUUACUCAAUGACAUCCAUCAGGUGCAAGCUGCGGACCUGCGGCGAGUGUCUGCUCCCCCUGGCUCCUUCACCAUUCCUCAGUCUGUCCCAGAUCGUCUGAGAAUCCGGGUGAACAAAAUCAGUUUACAAGACUAUGAAGGAUUCCACUAUGACAAAGAGAAACUCCGGGAAGCUUCCAUUCCUCUGGGUAUUUUAGUUGUCCGUGGAGACUGUGAUUUGGAGACUUGCCGUAUGUACAUAGACCGCCUACAGGAGGACUUGCAGUCAGUUUCUUCUGGUUCCCAGAGAGUUCAUUACCAGGACCAUGAAACCUCUUUCCCCAGGGCACUCUCAGCUCAGAGGCUGUCCCCCCGCUGGUGCUUCCUAGAUGCGACUUCUGCAGACCGCUUUUAUCGAAUAGACAGAUCUCAGGAACAUUUGCACUUUGUGAUGGAGAUUUCCCAAGAUGAGAUUUUUAUUCUCGACCCAGAUACAGUGGUGUCCCAGCAGGCAGGGACACCUCCGGGCAUGCCUGACUUGGUGGUGGAGCAGGCCUCAGGGCUGUCAGACUGGUGGACUCCUGCCCUGCAGAAGCGCAUGCUGAGUGACAGUGGUCUGGGAAUGAUAACUCCCCACUAUGAUGAUGCAGAUAUAAAAGAUCUCAGCCACUCCCGUGUGCUACAGUCACCAGUCUCUUCAGAAGAUCAUGCAAUUUUGCAGGCAGUAAUAGCUGGUGAUCUUAUGAAGCUAAUGGAAAGCUAUAAAAAUGGAGGCAGUCUGCUAAUUCAGGGACCAGACCACUGUUCACUCCUUCACUACGCAGCUAAAACCGGCAAUGGGGAGAUUGUGAAAUAUAUCCUGGAUCAUGGACCUUCUGAGUUAUUGGAUAUGGCAGACAGUGAAACGGGGGAAACAGCACUGCACAAGGCUGCCUGCCAGCGGAACCGGGCUGUGUGCCAGCUUCUGGUGGAUGCGGGAGCGUCUCUGAGAAAGACGGACGCCAAGGGUAAAACACCACAAGACAGAGCACAGCAGGCUGGGGACCCAGAAUUAGCUGCUUACCUAGAAAGCCGUCAGAACUAUAAGGUCAUUGGCCAUGAAGACCUGGAAACUGCUGUCUGACCCUAGUAGACAAACAGAGUGAAUGUGAGCGAGCAUAUAACCUGUGCCCUCCCAGCGACCAGGCAGCUGCUGAGGAACAAGCUGAUGGAAUCCAUAUGUCUGUCUCUCUCCUGCAAGAAUCUCUGAGACCGUGCCACCAGUUUUUAAGGGCUAUCAGGAUGUCCAGCAGAACAUGAUAGCCCAUUGAGAAGGAGCCAGGCUACCUAGAGAUUUGUGGAGUACAAGUUCCACAAAAUUUGAUCCUUACUGCUUCCAGCAAGUAGCAUGAACUUCUGUGUUUACCUGUAUAAUUUAUUUUAAAGAUUCAAAGGAUAUUUGUAUAAAUGGCAUUGCUCCCUCCUCCCCCACAUGUCCAUCUUUCUCCUUUACCACAUAAUUCUACUGUAAUUACUCAUCAACCUAAAUUUUAUGAUUUUUAUCUCUUCUCUUUACGUUCAAUCUGAAGACCACAAGAUUGUGUGAAGGUCUCUUAAAAGCCUCUGGAUGUCCUGCAGAAAUAUAACUGUAAAACCAUUUCCAAGACUAAAUAGACCAAGACCACUCAGUGACUCUUUUGUUUCAUUUUGUAGGAGCAGAGAAGUACCACAUGGCUAAAGUCCACUUGUGUGUUCUAUCUCUGGGUCUUUCAAGGUGGCAUGGGAGCUGUCUGUGCUUGGAGGUACCUCAGAGAGGUUACCAUUACCUAAGGUUGGCCCAGGCAGCUGGGCUGUUGCCAAUAGCUGUGCGAGACCAGUUCAGCUUGGGCUGCUUGUACAGCUCCAUACUGCCUAUGUGUAGCCAUCUUUGCCUGUUGCUGCAACUUGAAGUGCUGUUUAAAGUGCAGGGGAGAGGGUCAAAGAUUUAGCUCAAUAGCAUAAGCACCUGCCUGGCAGGUGUGAGGUCGUGAGUUUGAUCUCCGGUACCAAUAAAUAAAUAAAUAAAUUACAGGGAGAAAACACUGUGGGACUCUGACUAUAGGAAGUAGAGCCCUCUGAUGAGGUUAACUUCUAGUCUUGUUGAAUAAUAAUAGCAGGCUAAUCAACUUGGAAAAAGAAACAGCGUUAGCAAUGUGUCAAGAUAAUACAGUUGAGCAAGAAGCACUCUUGGAAUUUUACACAGAGGCCAAGAACUGUACAUUCUUGGAUACCAUGGGGAGAAGGUCUCACUUUGGGUUUCCCUUCUUGAUUUUUGUUUUUUCUUAGAUGGACUGACCCGAGGACAGAGUAUUGUUUUAUGAAUAGCACUGCCAGAUUUUCAGGAGGCCUGGGUCUUUCUUAUGGAUGCUUUACCUGUUGCUUUUAAGGUCCUGCGAUCAUAUCUGAUAACUUUAUUUUCCAUGUGUGGGCAGUUUAAUGUAUUGCUUUAUUAACUAUGUUUUCCCCUAUCAGCAAUUUCUUACUGCAAACCACUGUAAAAUUGUAACCAGCAGUCUCUUGUCUGGUAGUGGAAUUGCACUGUCUCAUCAUGCUACAGAUCAGAUGGAACUCAGUGAUAAUUAAAUUUUAAGGAGGAAGAAUAUUAUUUUUCCCAAAUAUUUGCAUAUGAGACAAAAAUAAAAGUGGAUAUUCAAGAGUUUUGUUUUUUGGCUAAAUCUGAGGUCUCCUGAGCUCCCUUCCAUUUUGCUCUUAGACCCAGCAAAAUCGUGUCCCUGGUAUUGCUUCUUGUUAACUUAAGUGAUCAUUUCUCUACAUUUAAUUUAAUGGGCCAGUAGUGACAUGUUGUUUAUCUGAAUCCCAUGUUGGUCACACAUCAUCAUUUGAAAAGUGCAGAUAUCAUAUGCUAUGUUAAGUCAAAACAGCCUUUCAGGGUUUAGGGGUUUUAUUACCACAGUCUCUGCAUAGUCACUUCAGACACAAAUCAUUGGCAUAAUUUCCAAGUGUGGGAGAAGGAGCUGGUUAUGAGUCAUCUCUUGUCAUAUUAUCAGUUUCAGGACUGCAGCUCUCUUUUGGAUUUUAUGGUGGAGGAAGAAGGGACUGCAGUAGAUCAUUUCCAGAAACUGGGAAAAAAUAUGGUCCAGGAGAAUUUAAUCACUGGGAUUUUGCUAGAAGUUUUUCAGUUGGUGGGACUGUUAUGGAAAUAUUGUGAUGACAGAAAUGUAAUAUAAUCCCUAAAGCAGACUGAAAUCUGGCUUCGAAUAGUACCUCUUAUCCUCUGGACCAAGCCAAACAUUUGGCCUACUGAGCUGCCACUACUGAGAUGAGGCACUCUGGUUUCAUUAAUUACCAUGUUGCAUUUCUCUUUGAGUGCUUCAAGGUAACCUGAGAGAAAAUUUAGGACAGAGGUGGCUGUGGGCCAGUGUAGAACUACUGAAAAUGUUCUGGUGCAUCUGAAAAUGAUUCGAGAAAGGGAAAAAUAAUUUAGAGUCCCUGCCUUAUUGAUAGAGAGCAAUGUAUGAGCUAUCUCUUUGGAAUAGCAAACACCUACAAGACUUAGGCUUUCCAGAGGGAGAGAGGGAGAGAGCAAGGGAGGCAGGGAGGAAGGAAGGAAGGAAAAAAAAAGAAAGGAAGGAAGGCUAGAUAAAGGGACAGAACAGCCACAUAUUUAAUGCCCUCAGCACCAAAUCUACCUCCUGUAGCAUUUUUAAUUGGUAGCUAUGUGUGACGGUGGUGGGCUUUAGAAAGAGCCAAGAUUUAAGAGUUUCCAUCUCAAUUUAGGUGGAUUGUUUCUUCUUUACUAGGCUAUCAAGUGGUAUAGAGGCCAAUGAUCUGGUCCUGAUCAAAAAGUCGCAUGACUGUAACAAACACUGACAUAUACAUCUGUAUAAAAACCAGUUUUACAGAGCCUGUUGGGACAGUGCAGAUGGAAGCAGCAGCCUUGUCAGUACUCCUGUGCAUGGUCCUUCAUGUUGUGGCACUGCCUGCCUUGGGGAUUCCAGUCUUGGAUCAGAUUAAUACAGGGAUGGAAGAUGAAGAGUUACUAAAAGAUGACAGUCUAUAACCAUAAAGAUAUCCAUAUUCGCAACCUUAUACUCUGCUGUUCCACAGUUAAUGAAAUAGAAUAUAAUGAAUGUGGAUUUAUAACAGUUGAAGACUCAGUAACCAACAGAAGAUUAAUAAGCCCAGAAGGAACUAAGCACAACUGGAAAUGUUACUUUGAGACUUCCAGUUAGCUUUAUAGUCAUUACGACUGAAAACCAGGGCAAGCUCUGAAACAGACUGAGACUGGCAAGUGCACGUUAUGAAAUCUGUAACAACAGCUGGCAGACCUGCAAUGCCCUGCUGCAUCUCUGUCCUCAGUGGCUCCUGUACAGAUCUGUACAUUAUAUGAUAUUCAACAGGUAGUUCAUUUUCAUCUGGAUGUAGCAUCAGACCUUUCACCUAAAGAAUUUCUGAGACUUGCUUCCUAGACUUUUCAUUACCUUCACAUCUUAGAAAAUGUGGGGCAGCCUUUUCAUCUCAUUAUGUUGUCGAUUUAUUAAUGACAGAUUUUUUUAGUUAUGAAACAAGCACAGGCCUUUUAAAAAAUGUUCUAAUACCACAUGCAACAGCACAGCAUCCCUUUGCUUUGGUGUCUUUUCUUUGUCCCCAGAGAUAAAUGCUGUUAACACUAAUAAGCAUAGCUGUAUGUUGUGUCAGAAUUACCCCACUCAUACACAUGUGUGCAUGUAGAUAUAUACAUACACAUUCACACAUUCAUAUAUAUAGAAAGGCAUUUAUUUGUAUACAUACAUGUGCAUAUGUACUACAUAUAUGUUGCAUAGAUUUAAAAAACAUUUUAAAAGCAUGCUAAUCAUACAUGAAUGUGUAGUUAAUACCUGCAGAGAUAGAUAAGGUAACAGAGUUUUUAUUUGAUUUUUUGAUUCCACCAUCAGUGAAUUUCAUCUAUCACUAAAUCACUACCAUUGCACAUUUGUUAGAACCUGUGUUAUAAAAUCCAUAACCAAGAGUACCUGUCAUUGUGUCUACUGCCUUCCAUGAAGCAUGAAACCUACCAUGGCUGUAAGACUGGUCCAUGCUGUUUUUGGAUUUCAAGUAAAGAGAAUCCUUUUCUCUGUGACUUUUACACACUCAGUAGUUUAUCUCAUGAUAAUUGAUGAGGCUGAGCUACUUUUGGAAGGGGAGGUCACAUGGAUACAGUCUGGAGUCUGAGUAGCCAUUACUCUUAUUACAUUAAUUUCUGGCCACAGUGACAAUUCUGUUCCUGGACGAAUCCUGCCAGGACAGUUGGUAAUCAUGUCCUACAACUGCCAAAAUCUUCCUUGACUAUUAUAGCCAAAAUGACAUUUCUCUCUGGAGCAAAUGUCCAUGAUGCCUAAAAGAUAAGUGCAUAGCCACUGAUUUGGUCAUUUUAUGAGUUUAUGACAAGCCUGACAAAAGUAAUCUAGGAGGGUUAGCACACUUCUGUGCUCCUCACAUGAGAGGUUACCAUCAUGGCUGAUGUUUCCACAUCCAGUGACACAGCAGUGCUCCCCCUUGACCUUAUCCGGAGUACUGGUUCUAUAUGUGCUAUACCCCUGAAGACUUAUAUGGAGUUUAGACCAUCUCUCCAUAGUUCAAUUAGAGAGAGACACAGAGACAGAGAGGAAGGAAGAAAGGAAGGAUUAGUAGUGUCCUAAACAACUUAUUCUCCCAUGACAUUGAGAUUCAUUAAGCUGGUUCCAAAAGGAAAGCAGGAAGAUAUAAUUACUAGACUAUUAAAUACUUUAGACUAGUAGUUUGGACUGGGGAAGAAUGUCUUGAGGAUGGGUAAGUUCUAGAGUGUAUGUGCAUGCAUGCAGUCAUUGCACAUGCAGUCAUAUGUCCAUGAAUCGACCAUACUUGCACGCAUUUUUUAUAAAAUAUUUCACUUACUCUGAUAUAGACCCCAUGCUAAGGCAGUUAGUGCAAUAGACAAAACUGAUUUCACCAAACUGGCCGUCAGGGAAGCAUGACAAAUUGCAAUGAAAUAAGGUCCUUGCAUGAGAGCCCCAGCAUCCAUGGGAAGUACAACAAAGGUGUUACUGUAUGUGUCACUCAUUGGUCAGCAAUAUUUUAGUUCUAUGAAAACAGUUUCAACAAUGCAAGAAGUGAUAUUUUGCAUUUCUUUGUUUAGUGUUGGUAAUGUCCUUAAGAAUGUAUUUAACAUUAAGCUUUUAAAAUGAGACUUUGAAGCAAUAUCUAAGUACUAAGAUUCAUUUAUCACUGUUCUCAAGGACAAAAGUAGGAAUAAUAAGCAGAAUUUGCAAUAGAUUUGGAUUAAAUAUAAAAAUAAAAUAUAAAUUGCCAAAGGGUGCAUUGGGGUUCCUUACAGAGUCAUAAACUUUCGCUGUUGGGAGAGUUUAAGCAAAGAAUACGAUUUUAGUGUGUUUCGAUUUAGGGACCUUUGAUCUCAGCGGGCUGAAAUUCGAUCUGUUCUUUUCUUUAAGUUUGGUUUCAAAAUUUGUUUGUUGAAUUGCAGUGUUUUGUUUCAGAAUUUCAUAAAAACCUUGAUUUUUAAAAAAUAUAACAUUUUAUACAUGAAAAGCUAUAAAAUCUUGGCGGGAAUGGCCUUUACUUACCAUUUAAUAGUUUUUAAGAUACCUAAGCAUGAAUUUAGAAACUAGCAAAAAGAAACCAUACUAAGAGGUUAACAAUUUAAAAUACUUCUGGAAACAUUACAACUUUGAUGUAUAUUCAUAGGCAUUCUCAAGUAAAGUCCUAUUAGAAGUAUAUCUGUCUGUCCAAUAUGAAGAAGUGCCAUGAUUUGGUAUUUACCAGGGUUCAUUAUAGUCUGAUACAACCAUAGAAGAAAUUUCUGCCUAAAGGAUAAAGAUCUUUAAAAUUCAAACAAUGUACAUGAAAAGCAAGCAUGACAAAUGCUGUGGCUUCAAUGCCCAGCAUGUGACAUAAGGGUAAACCUAACCAUGGAGAUGACAAAUUGCUGAAUCAGUUGUUCUCACAGCUGCAAAAUUUCAACAUCUUUGGCCAAAUAAUACCUAAAACAGGAACCUUAAGUAGCAGCAAUAUUGAAAUUAUCGUUUCCUAGUCCUAUAGUGAAGCAUAUUUAUAGAUCUCAGUGUAAAAUAGCUUAAACAACUAAAAUUUAUGCUUUUAAUUGUCCCCAUAGUUUCAGUUUUAUUUCAAAACAUUUUUGACAUUUUUGAGUUUUGAUGUAAUGCCAUAAGUACAUGCUGUAGAUAAUGGCUACCAAAUGAACUGUCUGAAUCUCAGAGCCCUGAAUUCAACUUGUACAGAAUCAGAUAGCAGAUGAUAAGACUGCAACUAGAACUGGGACAUUUUAUUUUAUUUUACUUUAUUUUAUUUUUUGAGACAAAGUGUUCUGUGGAGUUCAGGCUGGCUUUGUGGAACCCAGACUGGCUUUGAACUCACAUGAUCCACCUGCCUCAACCUCCUGAAUGCUGGUAUUACAGGUGUGCACCACCAUGCCCAGCCUCUUGUUGUUGUUCCUUUGUGUCACCACACCUCGUUUGAGACCUUCAGAAAUUACAUGCCAACAUGCCUAAAAUAGAUGUUUUCUGGGUAAAUAAUUUUCAAUCAUUACUUUUAGUGAUAUUUUACAUCUGUGAUUCAGAUUUCCAUAAUAAAAUGAUUCCUGCAUGAAGAAAAAUAUUGACCUGGGGCUGGGGAUUUAGCUCAGUGGCAUAAGUGCCUGCCUUGGAAGCAGGCAGUCGUGAGUUCGAUCCCCGGUACCGGUAAAAAGGAAAAAGACCAAAAAAAAAAAAGAAAAAGAAAAGAAAAAAAGAAAAAUAUUGACCUACAGGAAUUUGUUUAGAGCAGGGGGAGAACAUGAAAUAAAAACUCAAGAAUUUUUAUUUUCAGAAUCUUACCAACAUAGAUAUAUUUCAAGGGCAAAAAGGUCAAAGGUUUGGGCACCAUUGUAAAUUUCAUGGGAAGAAAUUAAGACUGAGGUUUUAGUGACUUUUCUGCAUGAUUUAAAUCUCCACAUUUAAAAAGUAGGGGUACAGGGCUGGGGAUUUAGCUCAGCGGCAUAAGCGCCUGCCUUGCAAGCAGGCAGUCAUGAGUUCGAUCCCCGGUACCGAUAAAAAGGAAAAAAGACAAAAAAAAAAAAAAAGAAAUUUAAAAAGUAGGGGUACUGUUUGUCUUCCUUGGAAAGGUACUGCUGAACUGUUCUAGGACUGUUGUACCAGGUGCUGAGGGCUUGCUGUUCCAGGCAGUCUUGUUUCCAGGUAUGUCCACCAGGGAAGUUUAUCAUGCAGUGUCACAUACAUUGAGGUCUGAGUCAUCUAUGGUAAGUGAUGCUGUAUUUGAAAUUAAAAGAACAUACAAUAUUCUCCAAUUCUAACAUAUUUUACUAGGUCACCUAUGGUAGAAUGGUGAACUUGUAGCAGAAGGUGCUUGAUGUGGAAAGAAGACAACAUUUAAAAACUGUCUGGAGAAGACAGAUGAAACAGGAGUUAGAUUCAAGUUCUAUAAGGCAGUUAAUUUGAACAAUAAAAGAAUGAAAAGAGAAGAACAGACAUAAAAAGUAGGUAGGAUAGCCUAUAUUGUUGCAUAAAGGUUUUUUUUUUUUUUUCCCCUAAAUAUUGCAUCUGGAAAAAGUGGGAUUCUUGAAAAAGGGAAAGUUCACCACUGCUAGAUUUUUCCCCCUACUGUUUAAGUAAAUAUUGAACAGCCAACUCAGGGAUGAUGUAAAAGCAAAUCCUUAGUUGUGAAGGAUCUUGGGCCUGAAAACAUUCUGUAAUAGGCCUUUGGUUUAUUUUUAUGCUUUUCAACUGAAACAGAUCUCAGAUCCAUUUCACUUUCAGGUUCCUGCCAAACAGAUGGCAGUGAAAGCAUUUUAUAAACACAAUCAUUGAAAAUAUAUACUAAAUUAUCUAGAGGCAAGGAUCAUGAUCUUGAAAUUUGCUUUGCUUAUGCAAACACACAUGCACACAUACACAUGCACGCAUGCACAUUUUGCCAAUCGCAAGCCAAUUCUCACAUUUGAAAAAGACAUUAUGUUUCUACUGAAGCAAACAUGCUGAGAAUUCAGUAAGGAAGAAACAAAGCAUCCAGUGUUCCCUCCUCUACUUACUGUCCACUUGCUUGAUAUGUAAAUUUGUGAUUGAGACUUGAAGAAAGCACUGAGGAUUGCUCUAUGUUCUGGUAAUAAAGGAGCAGAAAAUUACUUCCUAUACCUUUUCAUCAUUAAAUAAGACGUAAUACUGAUAUCCUUAGGUGGACCUUUGCAUGAUAUGUCUGUGUAAGAGGGUUACAGUUGUAGUUCCUAGAAUUUGAGCUGAAUGGAAGGGGAAGUCACUCUUGAGAUAAUGGAAGGAAUGGUCCUACAUGGAGCCCCUUGCCCAGAGAACAUCUCCCAUCACUCCUGCUUCUCCCGCACCUCAUUUCUUACUUCAAAGAAAAGGGCUUAUGAGAAAAAGGUAAGGCAGGGCAUGAUGCAUGCCUGUAAUCACAGCACUCCAGAGGCUGAGAAAGGAGGAUCAUCAUUGAGUUUCAGGCCAGCUUGGGCUACAAAGUGAGGCCAAGACCAGCCUAAACUGAAUAGGGAAACUCUGUCUCAAAAAGUGAAGGAAAACAAACAAACAAAAACUAAAAGACAAAAAAAAAAAAAAAAAAAAAAAAAAAAGAAACAAAAUAUUCUCAGGAAAAUACAAUAUUAUUUCAGUAUUAACGUAGUUUCACAUGGAAAUACACACAAUAUAUAUCCUAAAAGAACACUGAUUCCCAUGAAACUCAAGCUCAUAAAAUAUGGAUAAUAAUUAAAUUUAUAGAGCAUGGCUUCAAAGAAUAUAUCUGACAUUUUUAUUUUAUACAACUCAGAAAUAGUGCAAUUGCAGAACUACAGGAAACAGAAUGAGCUAAUGGAAGAACUUUCUAACAAAGCUCAAGAACAGUGUUGUGUUUUGUGUAUUUUCCCAACAACUCAGAGCAGGUUAGACCUAUCCAUUAAUUUGUAAUGGUCAAAGAUAAGAUUUGAGACAAAUAGGGACAAUGUAAGUCUUCUCACAACUUUAAAUCUAACCUUCAAAAUCCAGAAACCAUGACUUUGUUAUUGUGGAGUUUAAAUAUAACGAUAUUUCUUAAAAAUGAGAGACAUGGGCAUGAGAUAUUUGCAAAUUGUUUUGUAAAAAAAUAACAAAAAACUUAAAAACCACACAUUACAGCUCUACAUCAGUUUACUCUAUUUUUCAUUUCAGAUUUUAUAAGUAAUACACAGAAAUGUUAAGAUUUACCACUUCCGAGAUGCAUUUCAAUCUUGAUACUUCUUGCACCUUGUGUAAUGAAAAGUGGUUUCUGGCAUUUUUGGUUUUAUUCACAGUAAUACUUUUCGUUUGCCACCUUCUCCACCCUUGCAUUGUUGGAGUGAUGCACAAACCAUUUGCAUGCAUCAUUUCCAGUGCAAAUAGAACUUGGAUGCCUGCUACCAACUUGAUUGUGGACGGAGGCUUUUACUGUCCUGGUAAAUGAAACAAAAAUUUUACAGUGAAAAUUUUCUAAUGCAAAGCAUCACUGAGAAGUAAGACUUCAAAUGAGCCUCCACAUAUACCAGUUUGGUUAUUUUUGAAAGUUGCCAGAGGUUGAUCAGGCAAGUGUGAAUGUGUUAUGUGCACCACAGCUGACUGAAAGUGAGAAAACCCAUUUCUAUGAGGACUACAGGGCAAUCUCAGUUCCAUCAGAAUGUAUAUACUUCAUUUCUGAGUGGGGAAAAAAACUACUAGACAUCCAGCAUACAGUUAGCUGUAGAUAGGCCACCUGAAAGCCCAUGUCUGUAGGAAAAGAGUUGCAGUCCCAUUAUGAAGGACCCCUUCUUGAUUCAGAUUCUUCCCUAUCACAUCCCAGAGCUGCAUGCUUUUGCAAAGCUGCCAGUUGGCAGGUGAAAUGUCCAAAGCAGUAGCAGCCAUGACAGUAGAGACAGGACAUCUUAUUUCCAGGUAAAGUGGGUCCCAGAUAAUAUGAAGUGGAGGAAGGGUAGGUGGGGAGGGAGGGACGGAAAAGGGAAAAAAUGGAGUUUUUUGUAACAAAGUCAUAAAGUAUUUUUCCCUAAUUUUCUUGCAUUUCUUAUUUAUAUAAAGAUUCACUGUGCUGCUCUAUAGAGAUUUUCAAUGGAACUAAUUUGGGACACUGAACUAAUCUCUGAAAAAGAAAUUGACUAGUGGCGGUUACUUUUUGGACACUUUUUCUGUAUUGUGAAUUGUGUGGAAAUGUACAGAAUAAAAUGAAAUGAAAUUA